UGUGUUCGCUUCAACUGUCAGCUGUGAGAGGAAGCAGCAGGUCGCAGCCAGCGGAGUGAUUGCUCAGAGGACCCGGGGCAGCGUCGUUCAGGGCAGGAGGUCUGGACUCUGCUGGUCCAGGAUGGAGGACUUCCGGCGGACUUACUUGCGUGUGUGUAAGGAGGACGGCGUGGAGCCUCAGGAGAGCGUGGCGUCCCGGCUCCAGGAGAGCCGGUCCGCCCGGGGGUCCCGGCUGGACCUGAGCGGACAGAGUCUGUCUGCAGAGACCUGCUCUGUGCUGGCCAAGGCCCUGCACCAGGACCCGGCCUUCUCCGAGCUGCUGCUCAGCGACUGCAUGCUCACUGAGGACGGUGCCAGAGUGCUGCUGUCAGCGCUGUGUGAGAACACCUCGGUGAGAGUUCUGGAUCUGAAGCGGCCUAGCCUCCAGGCCCGGCUCCGCAGGCAGGCGACCGGACACAGGCGCCGGCCGCCCCUGGCCGUCUGA